AUGUCGUCGUCGCUGCGUGCGUUGAUGCGCCGCGAGAAGGCGGCAAGGCGUGGCGCCAAUUCUGAAGAUUCCGAGGCACCUGCCAAGGUUCAGGCAGUGGCGCCGCGCGCAGAUUCCACAUCGCAAAAGCCGCAGGUCGUGGAGCCGCGGCGUCCUUCUCCAGAGGCUGCGCCGAAAGUAUUAGAGGAAUCGUUUGAGCUUGUUUCUGACUCUGAGGACUCACAUGGCGCAUCUUCACCGUCAAAAUCGGCUGAAGAUCGCCCUCUGGGAUCCCGUCGCGACACUGGCGACGAUUUGGGGGCAUCAUCUGAUUACAACUAUUUAUCGCAUUCGUCCCUAUUCCGUGACCUGUCUGAUGGCGAUACCGGUGCAUCUAUGAGUGUCAUUGAGGGUGGAAAUCGUCUGUAUGAUGAUAUCAACGGCUCCAAUGUUCAAAGUGGAAAUGAAGUCGGUGUGAAGCCUUUGCCAGAUGGAGAUCAACAGCCAACUACAACGGCCGCCCGGACAUUAUAUCCAUCCACAGAUGGGACUGAACUGAACCCCGAUCAGUUAAAAAUGUCAGAUGACGUGCACAUCUACGAUCAAUUGAACACUGCCUUCAGCAGCCGCAUAGAGUAUGAGAGGCAGCGCAUCCUGGGGAACGUCGACGAUUCCGCUAGCACGUUGGACUACGGUGUAGUGGGUGACUCCAGCAGUACGAUAACGUCCGCCAACUUUGGCAAGUCGAAUAUGCAUUUGAGCACAGAUGUUAACCUGCCUGAUGGUUUCUUCGACAACAAGAGGUCCGAUGCGCAGGCUCGCGGCAAGAUGACUGGUCGUGAGGCAAGCGAGAAGCUCUCAGAGCUUGAACGUAGUCAAGCUGAGCUGCUGAACGAGGCUCGUUACGUCCAAGAGAAGUACGUGGAGAGCUGGCAGGAGCGGCACCGUCUGAUGCGUUACGAGCAGGAACACCAAGAGGCCGUGCGUGAGCUGUCCGCUAAGGUCGACGCCAUCAAGAGCGACAUUGCCGAUGCAGGCUCGGAAGAGGUCCUGACUUCAACCACUGUUCAUACAUUAGGGACUCCUGCUUCGGAAGACUUGAAAUACACUCCUAACGACGAGGAUUCUGAUGACUUUUCGUGGCGCAUGAAAGCGUUUACGUGA